UAUUCUUGAUUCAUAUCUCUCUAUUCCUAAGACACACAGCACAACAAUGGCUAGUUCUUCUUCCGUGAAGAAUAAAGCUUUUUGGCUUCUUCUCCUCUUCGUUUCAGAAUUCUUGACAGGGGUAACAUUAGCUGCAGAGGACAGUCAGAAGCAAAAUCUUGGGACAGUGAUAGGCAUUGACUUGGGGACUACGUACUCCUGUGUGGGGGUGUAUCGAAACGGUAACGUUGAGAUCAUAGCCAACGACCAAGGAAACAGAAUCACCCCAUCAUGGGUAGCAUUCACCGAUACUGAGAGAUUGAUUGGAGAGGCUGCGAAGAAUCAGGCAGCCCUUAACCCCGAAUCCACCGUCUUUGAUGUUAAAAGGUUUAUCGGAAGAAAGUUCGAUGAUCCUGAGGUUCAAAGAGACAUGAAGCUCUUGCCUUAUAAGGUUGUCAACAAAGAUGGGAAACCUUAUAUUGAUGUCAAGAUGAAGAACGGUGAGAUGAAGUUGUUAAGUCCAGAGGAAGUCAGUGCUAUGGUGCUGCAAAGGAUGAAGCAAACAGCUGAGUCUUAUUUGGGAAAAGAAGUUAAGAAUGCAGUUGUUACUGUUCCAGCUUAUUUCAAUGAUGCACAAAGGCAAGCUACCAAAGAUGCUGGCACUAUUGCAGGGCUGAACGUUGUUCGGAUUAUUAAUGAGCCGACAGCAGCUGCAAUUGCUUAUGGUCUUGAUAAGCAACAAAAAGAGAGGAAUAUUCUAGUUUUUGAUCUUGGUGGUGGUACUUUUGAUGUUAGUAUAUUGGCUCUUGAUGGAGGUGUUUUUGAGGUUCUUUCCACCAAUGGCAACACUCACUUGGGAGGAGAAGAUUUUGAUCAGAGAGUGAUGGACCAUUUUGUAAAAUUGAUUAAGAAGAAAUACAACAAAGAUAUCAGCAAUGAUAAGAAGGCUCUUGGGAAGCUCAGGAAGGAGUGUGAGAGAGCUAAGAGGGCCUUGAGUAACCAGCACCAAGUGCGCGUUGAGAUCGAGUCACUGUUUGAUGGAACUGACUUUUCUGAGCCACUGACGAGAGCAAGGUUUGAAGAAUUGAACAUGGAUCUAUUCAAAAAGACCAUGGCACCAGUGAAGCAGGCCUUGAAGGAUGCAGGCUUGGAGAAGAGCGCCAUUGAUGAAAUUGUGUUGGUUGGAGGGAGCACUCGGAUUCCUAAGGUGCAGCAGCUGUUGAAGGAGUUCUUUGAUGGAAAAGAACCAAGCAGGGGGAUCAAUCCAGAUGAGGCCGUAGCUCAUGGGGCAGCAGUUCAAGGUGCAAUCCUAGGUGGUCAUGGCGGCGAAGAAACUAAGGAUGUACUUGUCAUUGAUGUAACUCCCUUGAGUCUGGGGCUCGAGACCGUUGGUGGAGUUAUGACAAAAUUGAUUCCAAGAAACAGUGGCAUCCCAAUCAAGAAGUCUCAGGUCUUCACAACUUAUCAAGACCAGCAAACUACAGUUUUAAUCAAGGUUUAUCAAGGUGAAAGGAGCCUAACAAAAGAUUGUCACGAGCUAGGAAAAUUCGACUUGUCUGGCAUUCCUCCUACUCCUAGGGGUGUGCCCCAAAUUGAGGUCACAUUUGAGGUGGACGCGAACGGUAUCUUACAGGUGACUGCCAUGGACAAGGCAGCAAAGAAGUCGAACUCAAUUACCAUCACGAACGAGAAAGGGCGUCUAACGCCGGAGGAAAUUGAUAGGAUGGUAAAGGAGGCAGAAGAGUUUGCAGAUGACGACAAGGAGCUGAGAGAGAAGAUUGAUUCUAGAAACAAACUCGAGAGCUACAUUUACAACACGAAGAGCUCCAUCAGGGAUGAUGACAAGCUCGCGGACAAAAUUGAUUCUGAUGACAAGGAGAGCAUUGAGACAGCCCUGAAGGAUGCACUUGAAUGGUUGGAUGACAACCAAAAUGCAGAGAAGUUAGACUACGAUGAGAAGAUGGCAGAGUUAGAAGCUGCAUUCAAUCCUAUCAUAAGGAAGGCAUAUGAAAGCAGUGCUGGAAGCUCUGCUGAUCCAGAAGAUGAAUCCAACUAUGAAUUGUAAUCCGCUUAUCCUGAAGACGAAUCUGACUAUGAAUUGCGAAGUGGAGUUUAGGAGUUGGAAAUAUUUUUAUUUUAUAUUUUUUAGUUUCAUUUUUGCUAAUGGGUACAGAUUUUCUCCAUACAACAAAGGGAUCACGAAGCCACAAACACACACACAC